GUCAGCACUAGUGAAUUAUGAAAAAACCGACUUGAACGCAUUAGGGAUGCGUAAAUGUUUACGUAAAGUGUGGAAUCGUAGAUGCUUGUGAUUUAAAUUGUUUAAGGUGCUCUUACGUAUUUUGCAUCAGUUAAAUUACUUCACAUUGUCAUACUACCAAAGAUCACAGCUGAUGUCUAAUUCAAGAUUUUAUUUGUCAUUUAUAUCUAGUCAAUUAAUGUAAAUUAAGGUAAAUUAUGGGAACUACGAUAUUGCAAGAUAUAUACAAUGAUACCAAACUUUUAAUUACAACAGUAACAGGUUUUGAGGAUGGCGAAGAAGGGUUUCGCAUUUGCGAGCGUUUUGCCCUAUCUAAUUUCAAGCACCAUCGAUUCUUGUCAAUUAACAGUCAUUCGGUUAAAAAUUAUAUUGAUGAAAUGGUAAAAAAGUUUUCAAUUCAUGGAAAAUACGAAGUGGCUAAAAAGUUUCAAGAUCUUGUGAAUUCGUUUUUAACAAGUUUUGACUUUGAGCAUCAUCCCCAAAGCGAUCUUCAGUGGGCUCUUUUAUCAUUAGUGAUAAAUUUAGCUAAUGAAACCAGCAAAGCAGAUUUAGCUUCCUUAAAGCUUUCUACGAAUGAACAUAGUUUUGAUGCUACCGUUACUAUAGAAGAAGACGAGUCGACAACUUUUGACUGGGGACAAUAUUUGAAGGAAGGUCAAGAAGACUUUGUGUGCAAUUAUAAAAGUGAAACCGAAAGUGAGUGGUCAGAUGAUGAAACCAUACAAUUUUCGGAAGUAGCUAAAUCGGUGUCAAUUCCACCUAAAAAAAAUGUAGUAAGCUGUGUUCCAACAAAAGUUGUACAGGCUGAGAUUGACGAAACAUCUAAAGUCUUGGUCAAACAGGCCGAAUAUAGAAAGUGGUUACUAAAGAAUGUACAGAAUACAUGGUGGAAUGAAUUGGAAUACCGUCAUUAUCCAACAAAUAGUCCAUUUCCUGAUGCAAAGUUUUGUUAUUUGUGGAAUAAUAUUGUAUCGAAAGGUUUACAUUUUAUUAGCACGCUGAGCGAGUAUCACAUAAUCAGAGAAUUACUGUGGAUGUUUCAUGUACAAAAACCAAUGGUUGUAUUUCAAGAGAAAAAUGAGGCCGAUUUUUUUAUUAGGCCCAAUUUAUCAAUAUCAAGUUUAAGCGCUGUUACUUUCAAUAGUAUUUUGCUUCCAUUCUGUGAAUAUUUCAUAAUGUUGCAUAAAAUGGAACAAUUUGGAGAAAAUUUAUACAUCGAUCAUAACUUACAACAAAUACAUCGGAGUGCACCACUAACUUAUGAAGCAUACAAUGCAGCAUUAUCGGAGCAUUUAUUUAAAUUAAAGAGUGUAGUUAUUGAUUUAGAAAAGAGUGUCAUGAUUCAAGAUGACUGCAAUACCAUGCUAUCUUUAAGUAAAGACUUAAAGAAACAUCUGAAACACAUCAAGAUGCUUUACGAGAUUCAUCGAUCGGUAAUAACUGAUUUUCAAAAUUCAGCAAACUGGAAAUGUGCAUCCAAUCUCUUAUCGGGUUUAUAUCGUGAAAUGGAAAAUUCUAGUAGCCGAGAAAAAAGUAAUAUAUGUGCUAGCUUAUACUUGAGAAGUAUCAAAGUAUACCUAAACAUAAUUGACACCUGGCUAAGUGAAGGCCGUCUGGAGGAUUGGAGAGAUGAAUUCGUAAUCGCCAGAAUUUCCGAGUCGAUGAAAGAAGACGAAGGACUUUAUGAUUCGUUUGUUCUACGACCACUGGAUCCAAUAUGUUUAUCGGAUCCCAUUAUGCAAUUACUACUUUACAAAGUAAGUCACAUGGGUCGCAGCAUAGAAUUACUCGUCAGUUUAGAUCGUACCUCCGAUAUGUGGAGCAUAUCCGCAGCUGAUGUACCGCGGCCUCCAAUGAGUAGUGAAUUUCUUAAAGAGGUAUUAGCAGAAUUUACCAGAUAUAAUGCUGACAUAGUGAUAGAUGAAACGGAUACAUCGGCACCAGAGAUAGAAACAUGUUCGAAGCCAAAAUUUGAUUUAGAUGUGGACAUGCAUGUUACAUCUCAAAUUUUAAAGCUAAACAAUCCUUUUCUGAUGAAGGCUUAUGAAAAAUGUUUGCCAUGCACUUUAUUUAAUAAAGAUGAGGUUGAUACAAAGCCGUCAGGACAUACUUUGAUAACAGGGCAGGAUGAUACCGUGUAUAAGAGACUCCAAAGUAUGUCCUCAUCAAUUUUACCGUUCAGAAAAGUCCUGGAAAGCACCCUAAUAAAAAUUCUGGAUUCACGAUAUCAAGGUGUUAGUAAAUUGGUUAAAAAUAUAUUGAUAAAGGAAUAUAAAUUGGAGGAGCAGUUAAAAUUAAUGAGAUGUAUUUACAUGAUGGAAACUGGACAUAUUAUGCACAGGUUUUAUCAAUUGGUGUUCUCCGAGAUUGAAAACAGUCCCAUUUGGAAUAACUCAUUUUAUUUAACAAAUAUCUUGGAAGAAGUAUUAUCUCAUGAAUGGCCGGAUUUGAGCUCCCGGUGGUCUAUCACUGUUCAGAAUGUUCGAACACAUAGAGUAUUAAACGCAGUAGACAAGAUAACUCUACAUUAUGCUGCAGGGUGGCCUAUGAACAUGGUGCUAAACAAGGAUGCAUUGAACAAGUAUAACGUGAUAUUUAGAUUUCAAUUAAAAUUGAAAUGGGCUCUUUGGACACUUAACAAUCUUAAAUUUUCCGAUAUAGAAGAAUCUAAAUCAACGUUUAUUUCUAAUAAAAUUCAACAUUUUUAUACGAGAAGACUUGAAAACUUAAGGUUCUGGUUACUGCAUGCUAUAGGCUCCAUACAUGCUUACUUGUGUGGACAAGUUCUACAAAGUUUAGGUUUUUUGUUUGAAAAGGCAUUGAAGCAGUGCGAAAAUCUCGACGAUAUAAUAACAGUUCACAAUGAAUAUUUAGAAAAGGUGCACGAGCAUUGUUUACAGACCACAGAUUUCGAAGACCUAAUGGCCACUAUCAAUAAUUUACUGGCAAUGUGCAUUCACGUGAGGGAUAAAUGGAAACGUGGGUCAGCAGCGCUUACGGCGAAGGAUUUGGACAUAUUAGAGGCAAACUAUACCAAUUAUCACACAUAUCUGGCCCUUGCCUUGCAUAACGCAGUACAGCAUAAGGACGCGGACUAUUAUCUGCUUUUAAUUGCAGUAUAUAACUCUGCGGAUGAUAGUCUGGAAAUAAUCGAUGAUCAUAUAACAGAUUUAAGUCGGAACAUGCUAACAGAAGUCGCUCAUCAAAGUUUACCACCAUCAGGCAUUCCAGUACCGUUCCCUAAAUGUAACAUUUAUUGGAAUGCAACAAGCCUUAAUUCAGAAAUUCGAUUACCAGAAUUAUCUGUUUUAAGUCCGUAUGAAAAAACGUUCUCAUAUCUUCGAUGGUACUACUGCGAUGAACGAACAGCAGCGAAGCACAUGUCAGCUUGUAUCUUAUACGAAGAGUUGGGUAAUUUAAUUAAAAGUAUCGAGCACGAUCAAUUCAGUGAUGAUACAUCAAGUGGUGACGCAUUAUAUGCAGCAGCAAUGAUUUCUAUAAAUACUGUAUAUAAUAGCCUUCCUCGGCAAGACAAUGAAAUGAUAAUGGAUUGGCACGAUAAAGAGACUAGCGAAGCAGAAGGAGAUUGUUUGGAACAAUUUAUUAGUACAGAUAAUGAAGAAAAAUCUGAAGGAGAACGAUCAGUGAAUUCAAGUCCAAGAAAAAGUGUCACAAAAGUGAAUCGACAAGUCACAAGUGAUUUCAGAAAAUUAACGAAGAACAAUAUUAAUGAAAUAGAGGCAUUAAAAAGAUAUGACGACGCUGCUCAAGAGAAUAGGGUGAUUCAUAAAGCUGUAAAAGAAAAAGGCGUGAAGCCGCAAGAAAUAUUAAAAUACAAUCAAGUUAAUGACAUGACAACUACAAAUCAGUUGUCUGAUUUGAUCGCUUCGAGUACCUCGGAGAGUCCCAGUAAAUCUAAUGUUAAAUUAUCUGUUAGUCAAAUAUGGAAUAUGAUUGUAACUAAAGGUAGACCUGUGUCAAAUUAUGUACCUACAGAAAGUGAGAACUCUAUUCCUUCAACUGGCUCUAUAAUUGAUCAUAGCAUGGAAUGUGAAAAUAUUGUUCAUGAGCUUGGUGCUGAUAUUAGUACUUGUAAAGGUGAACUCGAUCUUAACGUUCUCUAUCGAAGGAGUGAUACAGAUAUUACAAAGUCUACAGAAUGCGAAAGUAUUAAAGACGAUACUGAAAUAGUUGCAAACAAUUAUUUACUUAACUCCGAAAUACAGAAUACUUAUUGUAAAAAUACACACAUCUAUAGAAACAGUCCCGUCUAUCAAAGAGCAACUCAGAGCGAGAGUAGAAAAACGUUGAAUGAAUCAGUCCAACAUUUAUCAAUGGAACCAGACAGUUUAAACGCCUCAGAAAUUUCGGUAAAAUCAGUAAGAAAUAAUGACAAAAACAGCCCGAGCCUUCAAAGCGCUAAUAAUAAAUCUGGAAAUAACACCGAUAGUAGUAAACAAUUAUUUACAGACUUUAUUGAAUACACUGAACCACUUGGUGAUAAUCAGGUUGACAAAAAAGUUGACGGUGUAAAGGGAUUUUUCAAAAAAAGUUCCAAGGUUUCAGAUUCCUUUAAUCGUAAAAAAGGAAGACGCACACAGGAACCGAAUUACGCCUCCUUUUCAGGACAAAUCGAAGAACAACGAAAGACGUGUAUUUUAUCAUGAAGAGUGCAUAAGUAAUGUCUCAUUUAUUAUUCUUAAUACGCAGUAGUUUGAAUUGAUUCUAUAAACUGUUUUAAACUAUGCUUACUGUAAUACGAUGAAAACGAUUAUUUUUAUGUGAAUUUAUUGACCAAAGUCUUAUGAAUUUUAAGUCUUC